AUGUCUUUGCCUGAAUCUUUUGCUUUGACUGCCGAAGACGCCAAGUUGUUGUUGGCCGCUAACGUCCACUUGGGUUCCAAGAACGUUCAGGUUCACAACCAACCUUACGUCUACAAGACCAGACCAGACGGUGUCAACAUCAUCAACAUCUCUAAGACCUGGGAGAAGAUUGUUUUGGCUGCUAGAAUCAUCGCUGCCAUUCCAAACGCUUCCGAUGUUGUUGUCUGCUCUUCCAGAACUUUCGGUCAAAGAGCUGUCUUGAAGUUCGCUGCUCACACUGGUGCUACCCCAAUUGCCGGUAGAUUCACCCCAGGUAACUUCACUAACUACAUCACCCGUUCUUUCAAGGAGCCAAGAUUGGUUAUUGUCACCGACCCAAGAACCGACUCCCAGGCCAUCAAGGAGUCUUCUUACGUUAACAUCCCAGUCAUUGCUUUGUCUGACGUCGACUCCCCAUCUGAAUACGUUGAUGUUGCCAUCCCAUGUAACAACAAAGGUAAGCACUCUAUCGGUUUGAUCUGGUGGUUGAUUGCCAGAGAGGUCUUGAGAUUGAGAGGUAUCAUUCCAGACAGAGAGUCCCAAUGGUCUGUCAUGCCUGACUUGUACUUCUACAGAGACCCAGAGGAGAUUGAGCAAAACGCUGUUGAGGAGGCUAAGGCCACCGGUGCUGAGGAGACUGAGGAGGUUGUCGCUGAGGCUGAGACCGAAUGGAACACCGAGACUAACGUCGAGGACUGGGCUGACUCUGGUGUCACCCCUGCUGGCGAGGAGGCUGCUGCUUCCAACUGGUAA